AUGCUAAGGAGCAUCCUGCUGUGCGCAUUGCUCCUGCGCGCCCAGCCUUUCCCCUGCCCUCAAGCCUGCAAAUGUGUUGUCCGCGACGCCGUGCUGUGCUCCGACAGCAACGUGGAGCGCAUCGCGGACCUGGGUCUGCCCACCAACCUCACGCACGUCCUGCUCUUCCGAAUGGGCCGCGGAGCCUUGCAAAAUCACAGCUUCAGUGGCAUGACCGUCCUGCAGCGCUUGAUGCUAUGGGACAGCCACAUCUCUGAUAUUGCCCCCGGUACCUUCAAUGACUUGAUAAAACUAAAAACCCUUAGGCUGUCUCGCAACAAAAUCACCCAUCUUCCAGAAGCUCUCCUGGAUAAGAUGGUGCUCCUGGAACAGUUGUUCUUGGACCACAAUGCACUAAGGGACAUUGACCAAAACAUGUUUCACCAAUUGGCUAACCUGAAGGAGCUCCUUUUGAAUCAGAAUGAACUCACUUUCCUUUCUGCUAACCUUUUCGCAAAUCUGGGGAACCUGAAACUGCUGGAUUUAUCGGGAAACAAUUUGACCCACCUGCCCAAGGGACUGUUUGGAACACAGGCGAAGCUUGAGACACUUCUGCUCCACUCCAACCAGCUAGUCUCUCUGGAUUCGGGGCUGCUGGACAACCUGGAAGCCCUGAUCGAGCUGCAGCUUGACAAAAAUCACCUCCGUGCCAUCGCGGCUGGUGCCUUCGACCGUCUCCGGAACCUGAGGACCUUGACUCUUUCGAGAAACCACCUCGGGUUUCUGCCCCCCGCACUCUUUCUUCAUUCUCACAGCUUGACUCUGUUGACCCUGUUCGAGAACCCGCUGGAAGAGCUCCCCGACUUGCUCUUCGGGGAGAUGGCCGGCCUGCAGGAGCUGUGGCUGAACGCCACCCAGCUACGCACGCUGCCCGCCUCGGCCUUCCGCAACCUGAGCGGCCUGCACACCCUAGGGGUGACGGUGAGCCCGCGCCUGAGCGCGCUCCCGCAGGGCACUUUCCAGGGUCUGGCUGAGCUCCGCGUGCUGGCCCUGCACUCCAAUGGCCUCGCCUCACUCCCCGAUGCCUUGCUGCGCGGCCUCGGUAGGCUGCGCCAGGUGUCGCUGCACCACAACCGGUUGCAGGCCCUGCCCCGUGCGCUCUUCCGCAACCUCAGCAGCCUGGAGAAGGUCCAACUCGACCACAACGAGUUGGAGACUCUGCCUGGCGAUCUAUUUGGGGCUCUGCCUCAGCUGACGGAAAUCCUGCUGGGGCAUAAUCCCUGGCUCUGCGACUGUGGCCUGUGGCCAUUCCUUGAGUGGUUGCGACAGCACCCGGGUCUAGUGGGUCGAGAAGAGCCCCCGAGCUGCCACGGCCCUGUGGAGCGCGCUGGCAUGUUGCUCUGGGCCCUCCUGGAGGGUGACCCCUGGUGCCCCAGCCCUCGGGGCGCGCCUCCCCGCCCUCUAGCAGGGAACGCCCUGGAAGUCCCCAUCCCCUCCUUGCUUCCUAACAGCGCAGAACCUGGGGCCUGGACCCAGAUGGUGGCUACCAGCGAACAUCAAGAUCACAGCCUCUUCUGGGGUCUGUAUUUUUUGCUUCUAGCUGCUCAGGCCGUCAUAACCGGCAUCAUUGUGUUUGCUAUGAUUAAAAUAGGCGGGCUCUUUCGAAAAUUAAUCAGAGAGAGGGCUCAUGAGUCAACUGGAAAACCUCAUCAUUAA